AUGGCCGCCAUCCCUGAGUCUUUCGACCCAGAUUUCCAAACACCUCUCAUAUUGGGCGAGUCUUUGGAUUUCUCGGAUUCUGAAGAGUCUCAGUUUGUCGGUGCGUUUUCAGACGCCCUGUGGGCCAAGUCUGAGCCCAUACUGUCUAUGGCCGGUUUCCAGAAGCCUAACGGUGCCAUUACGCCUCCACUCGCUCGCUGCAGGAUGCUGGCUCUUACUCGAACUACGCCCAAUCCCCCCUACGUGAACUCCUCUCUUGUGCCCUCUCCUAUGGCCGACCAGGCUAGCCAGAUCUCCGACUGUGUUCCCUACAUAGCGAACGAGUAUGGCAGUUCGUAUGAGGAAGCCCAGUCCCCCAUGCUCAAUGUUCGCUCUCGGCAGUUGCCCGAGAUUGUGACUUAUGCCCCUCCGCGGGGGCGAGAGGGAACUCGGGUGUCAGUGCAAAUCCAGUCCCCGUAUGACCUGCACAACUCCGCCUAUGGUGCCCUUUAUUUGGUGUUCGGCUCCAAGCGAUGCCCAUGCACCCCGACCUUCCUAGGCUUCGAGGGCUCAGCGUUCCAAUACGGUCUUUCCGCUGAGGCCCCGGCGUUCAUGUCUACGGGGUCGCCUUCCUUUGCUGUUCCCGUGCAGGUGAUCAUGGAGAGCCAAGGUGAUUUUCCGACCAGCACUUUACAAGUAGGUGUUUACACCUAUGAGCAUGUGCCGCAGCCCUCUCCUUCUGGCGAUUCUCGCAAGCGCAAGCUCUCCUCCUACUCGGACAAUGCGAUCAGCAGCUUGGCGAAGCGGCCCACCGGUUCUGUGGUGCCCAAGAUGGACGCUCAGGAUAACUAUUCGUAUCGGGAUAACCGCUCCUUCUCGCCUUACCUGCAGCCUCUCCCCGCCAUGGCUGGUUUCGUAGCGCCCUUCCAGGCCGCUUCGUCUCCCCGAACUGGCUCCGCACACCCGUCCUUUAUGUCCGUCGCCACCGAUGGCCGUGUAAUGGCACAGGGUAUGGCUCAGCACCGAGGGCCUUCGCCUGUCCGCGCGUCAAACCCCACUCUGAUCCGUACCUCUACUCUGCAGCAGUCGAGCGGUAUGGCGCAGACUCAGGGCUUCAACCCGUACGCCAUGUACCCCAGCAAGGCGAUCCUGAAGCUCAACGGCGAUCUGGACAGCAUGGCAGAGGGGUGGAGUAAAGAGGAGCGCAUCACCCAGCGACGUCUUGUCCAAUUCACCCGCUCGCAGACUGGUAGCACUAUCCAUGCCGACUUCAAGCCUGUCACCCUUGAGGAGCGCACCCCUAAUAGUAUCUGCAUCAGCUGCAUCUCUUGGGAAGGCAAGGAUGAGUGCUUUGUCACUAGUGUUGAUACUAUCUAUCUGCUUGAGUCGUUGGUGGCUGUUCGCUUCACUGUUGAGGAGAAGAACCGUAUCCGUCGCAAUCUUGAGGGAUUCCGUCCUCUGACUGUGUCCAAGGCCAAGGCUGAGAGUGAAGAGUUCUUCAAGGUCAUCAUGGGCUUCCCAGCUCCCAAGCCUCGCAACAUUGAGAAGGAUGUUAAGGUCUUCCCCUGGAAGAUUCUUAGUCACGCGCUAAAGAAGAUCAUUGGCAAAUACUCUGCAAGCUACUCAUCUACCGCUGGCGCUCUGUCUACCCCGAUGACCACCUAUGCCAGCCACGGAACCGGCUCCGAUUCCGGAACGGAGCCUCACACUGCCGCCUCCCCGCGGUCUGUUUCAGAUUCUGGCCCUGGAAACAACUACGCCACUGGCAUCCCGUCCUCGGUCUACCCGUCCCAGACAGAUCCCCUUCGCUCGAUGAUGCCUUCCGUGAGUCAAUCAUAUAGCACUGUCGGUGCAUACUCCUAUCCUGGCCAUCCACACGGGCUCGUCGCCCCAACUCCACGGUCAGCUUGGGACAUGCAUGGCAUGGGGGUCCCUGCUCCCGGGACACAGGUCACAUCCAGUGCUUGCUAUAGUUACGUGGACCCCAGCUACCCUCUUCACGAUACCCAUCAAGGCCAAUGA